UCGCAGUUCAGUCAACUCAUUAACGGAUGACAAACCGAUUACAGUUUAGCACUUAUAAUAUUAAUAAUUAUAGUUUACUGUCAACAAUUUUAAAUUUGGUUAUUAAUUGUUUUAUCUUAAAGAAUAAGCCUUUGUUCUAUAAGAACAAACUCAUCAAUAGUUUGCAGCACACAUGAUUAAAAAUCAAACGAGAAUGUUGUUCUUAGUCAUUCAAGGCUAACUGCAUCGAUUAGAAGUUCGUUUGCGAUUAGGUUCACAAAAACGAAUAUACAUAAUUACAUGCGAUAAAAAAUAAAUAAUAUUUCAGUACGAGAGAAAUUGGCAUCAGAACUAGUUUAAAAUAAAAAUAAUUGAAGUGUCUCAUACGGAUAGCUCUGAAAAAAAGUUUUUAAAUACAUUUCUUUAUCCAAAACAAGUCUUCAGAAGAAGCAGAUUCGUUUUCAAUGAGUUGAUUUAAUUAAAAUGAGAUUUUUAUUUUAUAAUAUUGUGCAAUACAAUUGAGAUGGCGGAUGAAAUUUUAUUUGAAUUAAAUUUAAGUCCAGCACUUCCUGUGGACAUCAAAGAUGUUGCCUGCGAACAAGGAGAAAACGAAGACAUCAAAUGUGAGUUGGUGGAACAGCUUCGAAAUUUAAUAUUUGAGAAAGGAGAUUUUGAAGCACAUCGUACAGACGACGAAUACCUCAUCAAGUUCCUUCGAGCAAGGUAUUGGAACAUUGAACAAACGUAUAAAUUGCUGUACAAUUACUAUUCAUUUCGAAAAGACAACAAAAUACUACACGACAACGUUCGUUGUGUGGAUCUUAUGAGCUUGGCGGAACAAGAAAUACUUACAGUGACACCAUACAGAGAACAAAAUGGACGACGUAUUAUGAUCUUACGCUUUGGAACUUGGGACCCCAAAAAAAUGCCAAUUGAUGAUAUUCUUAGAUUGACUUUAAUAAUACUUGAAUUAGGUUCAAUGGAACCGAUUUCCCAAGUAGCAGGUGGAAUUGGACUAUUUGACUUGGGUGGUCUUACUAUGAGUCAAGUUCUUCACUUAACCCCAAGUAUUGCACAAAAAAUUAUUGCCCUUAUUGUGACUUCAAGUCCUUUAAGGACUGCAGCAAUCCAUAUCGUCAAUCAAAAUUGGAUAUUUUCUGCCAUUUUAAAAGUUUUCAAGCCGCUGUUAAACGCAAAAAUGAGGGAAAAAUUGUUUAUACAUGGAAGCGACAUGAGUUCAUUGCACAGUCAUAUCGGACCCAAAUAUUUACCAAAGCGAUAUGGUGGUAUUAAGGAGGAUUCCUCAUUUCAACUGUCAUUAUGGACGGAGGCUUUACGAGCGGACGAUAAGGUCAAGUGGGAAUUACAAAAGCUUGGUUAUAAUAUUUCUGAAAACUUGUGAUUUUGUGUUUGAUUUAUACAAAAGUGAAAUUAUUUUUUAAAUAAAACAUUAAAAUGAAACUA